AUGAGUGCUGCUGAGAUGUUAGGGAUGUUCUUGAACAUCUUAGGACAUGGUUCUGCAAAUAGGCAAGCACAGGAUCGCUUUCAACAUUCUGGUGAGACUGUGAGCAGAUAUUUUGGUAUCUUACUUGAUGUUGUAUGUCGUUUGGCUGUAGAUGUAAUUAAACCAUUGGAAAAUGCAUUUAACAACACUCCAAAGGAAAUCCUACAGGAUUCUAGAUAUAUGCCUCAUUUCAAGGAUUGUAUUGGUGCUAUAGAUGGUGUUCAUGUCCAAGCCAUAGUAUCUCCUUCUAAUCAAAUACCAUUUAUUGGUAGAAAAGGGAUACCUACCCAAAAUGUGAUGGCUGCAUGCAAUUUUGACAUGCAAUUUAUAUUUGCAUGUGCUGGAUGGGAAGGCACGGCUCAUGACACAAGGAUAUUUCUAUCGGCUUUACGUGAUCAAAGUUUGAAUUUUCCUAAACCUCCAUAUGGAAAAUAUUAUCUAGUAGAUGCGGGAUACCCACAAAUGAGAGGCUACUUAGGACCAUAUAAAGGUGAAAGAUAUCAUCUUCCUGAUUUUCGUAGGGGUGUUCAACCGAUGGGUCAUAAAGAGGUAUUCAAUCGUGCACACUCUUCCCUUAGAAGUGUUAUUGAACGCACUUUUGGAGUAUAG